AUGCCGACGGCCUGCCGUGCCGAGCGCCCAGAUGCCGCUGCGCCACAGCGCAGGGUCCAUCCAAGCGCAGCGCCCGUGCGGCGGUCGAAUGACGUUGCACGUUGCCCCGCCGCCGCCCACCCCGCGAGCGGGACGCUGGCGCCCGCGCUGGAGCACAGCACAGCACAGCACUCCGCAGCACUCCCCAGCCAAGCCGCCAGCGUCCGCAGCUGGAGACACCAGCUCACUCAACGUUCCGACGCGACCGAGCAGCUUGGCAUCUUCCUCAUCUUCGCCCAAAUCAAAACAUGCCCAGCAGCAGUCACCAUGGCGAGCUUCCUGCGCAGCAAACAGGCCGGCAUCCAGAAUGAUUUGUCGGCGAGCAUCCGCCCGGAGCUGUUUGCGCCCGACGACCAGGCGCGCUACGGCAUCAACUCCUGCCUCGCGUACGACCCCGUCCAGUCGCUCCUCGCCAUCGGCACCAGCGAGUCCCGCUUCGGCCCCGGCUGCAUCUACGUCUUCGGCCAGCGCCGCGUGCAAAAGGUGCUGCGGCCCUCGCGGCCCACGUCCAUCCUCAAGAUCCAGUUCACGGCCAACCGCCUCGUCAGCCUCGACGCCAAGAAUGAGGUGGCCAUCUGGGACCUCGACGCCGGCGAGCGCCUCACCGGCCAGAUCAUCGCCGGCCGCGUCGUCGACAUGGUGACGGACCCCAUGCUCGACUGGGCCUUCCUCGGCCUGCAAAACGGCGACGUCGUCGCCUACGACCUCGACCGCCGCGGCCUCGCCCGCGCGUUCCGCCUCCCCAACUUCUGGGCCGCCGAGCGCGGCCCCAACGCCCGCGCCGCCACCCUCGUCUGCCUCGCCCUGCACCCGCGCGACGUCGGCAAGCUGCUCAUCGGCUACUCCCACGGCGCCGUCGUCUACUCCUUCAAGCAGAACCGCCCGCAGCACUUCCUCGAGUACGUCCUCCAGCCCGGCGCCCCCGGCGGCAGCAGCGCCGGCGUCGACAUGCCGCGCCGCCCGCGCCUCACGCACGCCGUCUGGCACCCCUCGGGCACCUUUGCCGUGACGGCCCACGACGACGGCAGCCUCGCCCUCUGGGACCCCAAGGAGGGCCGCCUCGUCACCGCGCGCACCCUCGCCCGCAACCGCGUCGACCAGCCCGCGCCCAACUCGGCCCUCGCCACCGCCACCGAGCCCUUCACCAAGGUCGCCUGGUGCUGCAAGCAAAACUGCGAGGACACGGGCCUGCUCGUCGCCGGCGGCCAGAGCCCCGACGCGCCCAAGAGCAUGACGUUUGUCGAGCUGGGCCUGACGCCCAUGUACGCCACGUCGUCGUGGCAGGCCCUGGGCGACUGGUUCGCCGGCAAGCGCCAGGUCGCGCUGCCGCUGCCUGCCGGCGCCCAGGCCGUCGACUUUCUCCUCGUCCCGCGCGCCUCGCCGCACUUUGCCGGCGCCCAGGACCCCAUUGCCGUCAUCACGGCGCUGUCGUCGGGCGAGCUCCUGACCAUGAGCUUCCCCUCGGGCUACCCCAUCAGCCCGACCAACCAGCUGCACCCGUCGACCUUCUUCGUGCACCCGUUUGUCACCAAGGUCAACGUGUCGAGCCUCGAGCGCCCGCGGUGGCUGAGCAUGUUUGAGAAGCGCGACCAGGGCGAGCCGCUGCUCAAGGGCGGCGCCGAGGCCGCCCGCCCGCGCAAGCGCUUCGAGGAGCGCACCAUCAUCCAGGCCGCCCACGUCGACAGCACCAUCCGCAUCUGGGACUCGGGCCACGCCGACGACAUUGAGAACGGCCAGGUCCUGCAGGUCGACAUGGCGCGCGCGCUGGACCGCUACGACGACGUCGAGAUUACCGCCAUGAGCAUGGCCAGCGGCACGGGCGAGUUCGUCGUCGGCACGCGCACCGGCGAGGCCGUCGUGUUCCGCUGGGGCGGCAACCGCUUCUACGGGCGCGAGUCGGGCCAGACGCUCGAGCCGAACCCCAAGGGCCUGACCGACAUCAGCUCGCGCGCCGACCCGACGCUCAAGGAGGGGCUGCAGCCGUUUGUGCUCUACGAGAUGAUGAUGGGGCCCAUCACGGCCGCGCAGGUGUCCAACGUGGGCUUCGUGGCCGUGGGCUCCGAGCUCGGCUUCCUGACCAUCAUGGACCUGCGCGGGCCGAGCAUCAUCUACCAGGCGCCCAUGACGGACUUUGCCAAGCAGGAGAAGCGCACCUCGUUCCUCAAGGGCCACCACCACUCGGCCGCGCCCCAGAAGGAGUGGCCCGUCGUCAUUGAGUUUGGCGUCAUGACGCUCGACGACGACAAGUACUCGAGCAUCUGCUGCUUCGUGGGCACCAACCUCGGCAAGGUCAUAACCUUCAAGCUGCUGCCCGCCGACGGCGGCUACUCGGUGCAGCUGGCGGGCGUGGUGCAAUGCGAGGGGCGCGUCGUGUCGCUGUCGCCCAUUGACGCCAACACAGGGCGGCCCGCCGCGGCGACGGGCCCGAUUGUGGCCGGGCUGCGCGAGGGGCGGCAGGUCAACGGCGCUCACGCAAAACGAGAUGCGCGUGUUCCGGCCGGCCCACGCCAAGGGCGCGUCCCGCGAGUUCGACGACGUGCUCUGCGACGCGGCGACGGUGGCGGAGCUGGAGCUGCAGGGCUGGGCCAUUGUGGGGCUGUUUGGCGACCGCACGGCGCGGGCGUUUUCGAUCCCCGGGCUCAAGGACCUGGGGCGGGCGGAGCUGCCCAUGGUGGACGCGACGCGCAGCACGUCGGCGGUGGUGACGCAGACGGGCGACAUCUUUGCGUGGUCGGGCCCCAGCGAGCUGGCCGUGAUCCACGUCUGGGGCACGGGCAAGCCGUGGCAGCAGUCGCCCGACACCAUGGUCAACCCCAAGCUCGAGUGCCCGCCGCGGCCGACCAUCUCCAACGUGCAGUGGAUCUCGGGGACGCAGUACGUGUCGCCGCUGGACCUGGACCUGCUGGUGGGCGGGCCGGACCGGCCGCCGAGCAAGCGCAUGAUGGAGGCGGCGGCGGCGGAGCAGCCAAGCGCAUGAUGGAGGCGGCGGCGGCGGAGCAGCGCGCCGCGCGGGGGGCCAGCGGCACGGCCGCCGUGGCCGCGGGCGCCGCCGCCAACGAGACGUGGGGGGCGUACCUGACGCGCCAGCUCAACGAGCGCACCGAGAAGCUGAACCUGAUGGGCGACGGCAUGGACGACCUGCAGCAGCAGAGCCAGGGGUGGGCCGACGACGUGAGCAAGUACAUCAACAAGCAGAAGCGCAACAUGGUGAUGGGCAGCCUGAAGAGCAAGUUUUUCUAG